AUGGGUGGAAGUCCUAUAAUUAUGACUUCUCUGUGGUCAGUCAUGUCAAGCCCCCCAACAUCCUUCUCCUUCCCAGCCCUCCACUUCCUCCUCUUCAUCUUUGUGACCUCGAUAGUCUUCCAUCUUCAACUUCGAUUCUCCAAGAUAUCCAAGUUAUGGGAACAGUCACUAUCCCUUGAGAGCCCAGCCACUAAAGCCUCCUCCCCUGAUGGCAUCUGGACUGUGAAUUCUAUGGGCCGUCUAGGAAACCAGAUGGGUGAGUAUGCCACCCUCUAUGCUCUGGCAAAACUCAAUGGCCACAGGGCCUACAUAUCACCUGAGAUGCAUCAACACCUUGCUCCCAUAUUCCGUAUCACCCUUCCUGUUCUCCCAGCCAGUGUGGCCCAGCAUAUACACUGGAAGAACUACCCCCUAGAUGACUGGAUGUCAGAGGAAUAUCGUCAUAUUCAUGGUGCCUAUGUCCGUCUCACUGGUUUCCCCUGUUCCUGGACUUUCUACCACCACCUCCGAGAAGAGAUCCGUCGUGAAUUCACCCUGCAUGACCAUGUCCAAAGGGAGGCUCAGGCUUACCUACACAGUUUACAGAAAAAUCCAGCCACCUUUGUGGGAGUCCAUGUCCGCCGAGGCGACUAUGUUCAUAUCAUGCCCCAGGUCUGGAAGGGUGUGGUAGCACACAAGGGCUACUUGGAUCAAGCUAUGGAUUGGUUCAGAGCCCGUUACAGGGAUGCUGUUUUUGUGGUCACCAGCAAUGAUAUGUCAUGGUGCCGGGAAAAUAUUAACAACACCAAGGGAGAUGUGGUAUUUGCAGGGAAUGGAGUGGAGAGCUCUCCAGGGAAGGAUUUUGCUCUGUUGACCCAGUGCAACCACACCAUCAUGACCAUUGGCACCUUUGGCAUCUGGGCUGCCUACCUGGCUGGUGGUGAAACGAUCUAUUUGGCCAACUACACCCUUCCAGACUCACCCUUCCUCAAAAUCUUCAAACCUGAGGCGGCCUUCCUGCCUGAAUGGAUAGGGAUCCCAGCUGACCUGUCACCUCUGCUCAAGAACUGA